GGCCGCGGCCCUGAGCCCAGCGGAGCCUGGCUGAGCCCCGCGAGCACACGGAGCCCCGAGGCCUGGGCUGCCUCCUAAACUUUUCAAAGUCGGCCCGCGGCCCGGCCGGCCUGGGCUCUGAGCUCGGCCGGGAGGACUCCAGGGACCAAGAGGAGGACCCGGAGGACUAGGAGGAGGACCCGGAGGAGGAGGGGCCGCCGCAUCAAAGACACCGGCUUCCCGCGGCCCGGGGGCGAGCCAUGCGCGGCGGUCGGUAAUGUCAGCGGAACAGGACAAGGAGCCCAUCGCGCUGAAGAGAGUUAGAGGUGGUGACAGUGGACUGGAUGGGUUAGGAGGGCCCAAUAUACAACUAGGAAGCCCAGAUAAGAAAAAACGCAAGGCCAGCACCCAGGGACCUUCCUUUCCUCCGCUGUCUGAGUACGCACCACCACCAAAUCCAAACUCUGACCAUCUAGUGGCUGCCAAUCCAUUCGAUGACAGCUACAACACUGUUUCCUAUAAACCACUGCCUUCAUCUAAUCCAUAUCUUAGCCCUGGGUAUCCUGGCUUUGGAGGCUACAACACAUUCAGAAUGCCACCCCACGUCCCUCCAAGAAUGUCUUCUCCCUACUGUGGUCCUUACUCACUCAGGAAUCAGCCACACCCAUUUCCUCAGAAUCCACUGGGCAUGGGCUUUAACCGGCCUCAUGCUUUUAACUUUGGGCCACAUGAUAAUUCGAAUUUUGGAAACCCACCUUAUAAUAACAUACUGACUCAGGACAUUAACAUGCCUGGUCAGCAUUUUAGACAAGGCUCUGCUGAAAACUUUAGUCAGAUUCCCCCGCAGAAUGUUGGCCAAGUAUCUAACCCUGACCUGGCAUCUAAUUUUGCCCCUGGAAAUAAUUCAAAUUUUACCUCUGCGUUAGAAUCGAAUCAUUCGUUUAUUCCACCCCCAAAUGCGUUUGGUCAAGCAAAAGCUCCACUCCCCAAACAAGACUUUUCUCAAGGGGCAACCAAAACCACGAACCAGAGUUCCUCCGCCCACCCACCUCACUUAAAUAUGGAGGAGCCAGUCAACCAGAGUAACGUCGAGUUAAAAAAUGUCAACAGAAACAACGCAGUCCAAGAGAACAACAGCCGUUCAGGCAGCGCAGAGGCCACCAGCAACCAUGCGAAUGGGACCCAGAACAAACCCCGGCAGCCCAGGGGCGCAGCUGACCUGUGUGCCCCCGACAAGAGCCGCAAGUUCUCCCUGCACCCCAGCCGGCACGGCCAUUCAUCCUCUGACCCUGUGUACCCGUGCGGGAUUUGUACAAACGAAGUGAACGACGAUCAGGACGCCAUUCUGUGUGAGGCCUCUUGUCAGAAAUGGUUUCACCGCAUCUGCACUGGAAUGACCGAAACGGCCUAUGGGCUCCUGACAGCGGAAGCAUCCGCAGUAUGGGGCUGUGACACGUGCAUGGCUGACAAGGAUGUCCAGCUCAUGCGCACUAGAGAGGCCUUUGGUCCACCUGCCGUGGGCGGCGAUGCCUAAGUACAGCUGUCAGCUAACGUGGGUUCAUUAUUCCGUGUACAACAGAGAUUUGGUGACGUAGGAUUUUAAUGUUUGACAUUAUUUUUUUAAAGGCACACACAAAAAUAUUACAUUUUAGUUCUUACUAACAGUGCUUCAUUUUAUUGUUUUUGUUUGUUGUCUUAAAAUGAGAUUAAUGUGGGGGGUUGCUGUAGAGACAUAAAUAAAUGUUCAUUGUUAUUUAUCAUAAACAUAAAAGCCUCUUGAAGCUUCAAAAUAAUUUAUGACAAAAAUAGGCAGGUUGUAACUUUUAAAAGUUAGAGUCAUUGAAAAAUGUAUAUUUCAGCCCUAAACUUUGACCGUGUGAACGUACAUAUUUGGUUCAAGAGUAGACCAAUUUAACAUGUUCUCUGAAUACAAUCUGUGUGGGGAUAACAUAGGGGAUACAUAUCUUUAAUGGAUUUUAAAUGUUUUCUUUUUACUUUAUUGUUAGAAUUUGAUGCCUGAUUCUUCCUCUGCUAGGGUCUUUGAAAUAUGUGAAUCUCACUGUUCAAAUCAGUCUUUCCAGGAUAUCUGUGUAGGUACAAGGCAGACACUGGUCAUAGCAUAGAGUCUAUUCCAAGCAGCAGUUGCUAAUUAGCUGGUGGGUUGUGCCACAUGAAAUUGCUGAUAUCAGCUCUCUGAUUUUAGUAAAGUUGGCAUAACACGUUUCCACGUAUGUCGUUUAGAAUUAUGCUGACAUUAUGUUCUCAAUUUUUAAAUUAUUCUUGUUUCUGUUAAUGUUCUCCACAUAAUAAUUCAGUGUCUUCAGAACUGUGAACACUUUCUUCCACGUGCUUCUAAACUGGGACAGCCUGUAAGGAGAGGGACAGAGUGGCAGUGUGCUCUAUCAGGGCUCUGCUGCUCUGAGGACUAAGCCCCGGUGGGUGGGGGGAUGUUCUGGAGAUCUGAGUUAGUAAACAAGUAGUGUGCAUGACAGUAGGUAGCAGUUUAGACAGUGGUGGGGUAUUGAUGAUCAUCCCUAAUAAUGCUUUGACAUUCAUUAUCACUGUGACCACAGAAAGUCCUGAAUGUGGGGCUGGUGGCCUGGCACUGUAUACAAGAGCCCUCGCCCGCUGCUCUUGCAGAGGACCUGGAUUCAGUUCCCAGAAGCCACAGUGGUCAACUUACAACCACCUAUAUCCAGGUAUUCUGGUCCAGGGAAUCUGAUGCCCUCUUCUGGCCUUUAUAGGCACUGCACAAACAAAGUGCACACGUAUGUUUGUGCAUGCACAGAUACACAUAAAAUAAAAACAUCUUAAAACAUAAUAAUCAAAGAGAUUAAAAUGUAAAAACUCUGAACACGACGCUGCUCUUAAAGAGGAUAAUUACUGCAGGAAGCGUGAAGGGAAGGAGGACCAGGGACAGCGGCCACAUGUUACCAAGAAACUUAAAAAGAGUGUGAAGAUCUUUGAUUUAAGGGCUAGAGAGAUGGCUCAACAGUUAAGGGAACUAGCUGAUUUCUCUGAAGGAGCAGACUUUGAUUCCCAGCACCCGGCUCACCACCAUCCAUAACCCCAGUUCCAGACGAUCCCAUACCACCUUCUGACCUCCUUGUGUGGGACACAGGUAUACAUGCAGGCAAGACACCCAUGCACUUAAGAAUAAAUAAAAAGAUAUUUUUGACUUUAAAAUCUUUUUGUUAAUGAACAGAAACUAUACAUUGACACUCUAGGCCCUACCUCGUGUGUGUCACAGGUCUCAUUGCACUGAGACAGUCAACUGACCAGCCAUGAGUCUUGUCACCCACCCCCAUCUCUAGGCCAUUAUUUAAUGGAAGGCUAGCUUUCUGCCAUUUGGGCCUGGUUUCUAGGAAAUGGCAUGUUCCAAUUAAGAAGUAGUAACUCUAGGAUUUGAAUAAUUUACACAGUUGACAAAAUGAUGAAUUGUAUGAACAUUAAACCUCUGAUACCCUUUUGGUGGAAACCAGUGUUUCUGAUGUAGAUUAUUAUUGACUUAAACUUUUAAAAAAUAUAUUUAUAGUGCUUUGGAGUGAGGGAAAUACAGUGCUUUAAUUUUGACAUAUAGUUUCAUACGGUACAAGGUAAUGCAAGGUUUUCUCCCUCUACCCUUGACUGGCUAGAACUGGGUAAUCAUAUAAUAUAUAUUGUCACAGGUUUAGGAAAUGAAAUGACAAUGAGCCUUGUCGCUGGCGUCUCCCUGGUACAAGCGUGAGCAGCUGUGGGAAGCCCCACAAGGGGGUGCCUCCCUGCCAUGUACCGGUGUCCAAUGUGACUCCAUAUUCUCAGGCUGUUAUUUUUGUUAGAACUACAUUUCUAAAUGUUUAAAGAUCUGUAUAUGUUUUUCUUGAAAUUCUUUUGAGUGCUGACUUUUUAAAGAUGUAUCUUGUUUUUAAUUAUGUGUGUCUGCAUGUAGGUAUCCAUAGAGGCCAGGAGAGGGCAUCAGACCCCUGGUGGCAUUAACAGGCAAUUGUAAGCAGCCUGUGGAGGGCACUGGGAAACAAGCUCUGGUCCUCAGCAAGAGCAGAACACACGCUGAGCCUCUGUACCCCCUAACCACCGAGUCCUGACUGUGGGGGGAAUUCCUGCUGUGUGCUCACCCCAGCGUUAGGUCCUGACUCUAUGACUGAAUGAACAAGAUGGCUGGUGCUCUCGGGAGUUAACACUUCACCGUGGUGGUAUUGAUUUGGCUAUUGUUAAAAUGGGUUAUGCAGUUCAAUAAGCCUUUUAUUGCUGAUGGCUUUAGUGGUUUGCUGUCUUUGUGAAGAAAUGACCUCUAGGGACAUAUGAUUUAUUUCAUUUUAUUUCUAAGGCACUGCUUUAAAAAAAUACAGAUGAAUUUCAAGUGCUUUACAUUUACCAAACAUCAUAGUAAGAAUCUAUAAAUAUAAGAGAAACGGCGGCUGCAUGCCUCGAAUCCCAGCACCCAGAAGGCAGAGGCAGGUGGAUCCCUGAGUUCGAGGCCAGACUGGUUUACAUAGUGAGUUCCAGCACAGCCAGGUCUGCACAGAGAAACCCUGUCUCAAAAGACAAAAACAAAACAUGAAAGAAAAACCACUGGAGGCAGAGACAGGAGGAUCUCUAGGAAUUUCAGGCCUGUUGAGACCCUAACUUUACAAAAGAAAGAAAAGAAGAAAGGAAGGAAGGUGAAAAGAAAAGAAAAAGGGAAAGGAAAGGAAAGAAGCCCCUUACAUGUGUUUCAGCUAUGCCAUGGCUGAGCUUUGGUAAUAACAGCUGAGGAAGAUCUUCACAGGUUUGAAUUAAUUUUCUUACUAGUUAACACAUUUGUCUGUACAAAAUACUGUCAAAAUUACAAGAUAUAUAGAGAUAACAUUUGGCGAUCAAAAGGCUGAAUUAUGAGUACAGCCAGAAAAUUUGCCUCAUUUUACACAAAGAUGUCUGUUACACAGCUUGACAUGGCUUUCUUAGGAAAUGUGAUUAAAAAGCUCCCAACUUCAAAAAUGUAUCAGAGGUGAAGAAGUAUCAGCAGAAUUGUGUCUUUUCUGGUCUGAUCCCUUUCUUCACUGAAAGGCCUCCUCUCCUACACACGCCUCUUGCUUCCACAUCUUCAAGUUGUGCUGAAGUUGAACCUCGCUCACUGUCUGUACCUGGGCUCGCUCCGCAGAGCCAAGUUCCUGAUGGAGUUGUAAAGCAUCAGUUCCUGGGCUUGGAUGCGACCCAGCUGUGAAGAGCACUUGCUGCCCCAGAGAAUCCAGUUCCUGUUCCCAGCACCCACAUGGCAACUCACAAGCUUGUGAAACUCCAGGCAUGGGGAUACCCUCUUUUGAGUGUACUACAUGUGUGUGUGAAUUUAGAGCUACCAUGUGGGAGCUGGGAUUUGAACUUGUGUCCUCUAGAAGAGAAGCCAGUGCUCUUAACCCCUGACCCAUCUCUCCAUCGAAGUGUUCAAAAUUUGAAACACGGAGCAUACACACACACAAAUUAGUUAUUUUCUGAGAAGUUUCCUUGCUUGUUCAGUAGAGGGUUUCUAGACCACAUGCUUCAGAUAUUGCAGGAUACACAAACACUGAAGAAACUAAUCGAAGAAAAUAUAUCUGUCUUCAAAUAGAGUGCUUAGAAUUAGAUUUGUGAUCAGUAUAUUCUGGCUGGAACAGUGCUGUGCCUGUGCUUCUUGCUACCCAAAUUAGAAGACCCCAUAGGAACCCAGGCUUUCCUGCACUGGUGUUUUAUUCUGUAUAAGUAAGCAGAAAAAACUGACAGGCAGGUUUGAGUUUUGCUUUUUGUUGC